AUGGCUGCCACCUCCGUGUCCAAGGCCCUCGAAGGCCUCACCGUCUCCAAGACGAAGGAGUUGAAAGGCACCGAGAAACGAGACACCCUCAUUGCUGUCGAGAAGAAGUACCAGCAGAAAUGGCACGAGGAUGGCGUCUUCCAGCCCGAUGCUCCCUCGACCGCCGAGAUCCCCCUCCACUCCAUAUCCGCCGCCGAGCUGCGCGAGAAGUACCCCAAGUUCUUUGGCACCAUGGCCUACCCCUACAUGAACGGCACCCUGCACGCCGGCCACUCCUUCUCCGUCUCCAAGAUCGAGUUCGGCGCUGGGUACGCCCGGAUGCAGGGCAAGCGGACCCUCUUCCCCAUGGGCUUCCACUGCACCGGUAUGCCCAUCAAGGCAUGCGCCGACAAGCUCGUCAACGAGGUCAAGAUGUUUGGCCGCGACUUCGAGAACUACAAGGAGGACGAGCCCGUCGUUCAGGAGGAACCUGUAGCGCCGACAAAGGCCGCCAAGGAGGACCCGACCAAGUUCUCCGCAAAGAAGGGCAAGGCCGCCGCCAAGACCGUCAAGAUGAAGUACCAGUUCCAGAUCAUGCAGGCCAUUGGCAUCCCGCUCCAGGAGAUUCAUCUCUUUGCCGACCCGCAGUACUGGCUCGAGUUCUUCCCCCCUCUGUGCCAGCGCGACUUGACCAACUUUGGAGCUCGUAUCGACUGGCGCAGAUCCAUGGUGACCACUGAUGCCAACCCCUACUACGACGCCUUCGUUCGAUGGCAGAUGAACCGCUUGAAGGAGUUGAAGAAGAUCAAGUUCGGAAAGCGUUACACCAUCUACUCCAUCAAGGACGGCCAGCCUUGUAUGGACCACGACAGAUCUGAGGGUGAGGCCGUCGGCCCGCAGGAGUACACGGCUCUCAAGUUGAAGGUUCUUGAGUGGGCACCCAAGGCGGAAGAGCUCUUGAAGGAGAAGAUCCCCAGCGGAGGCAGCGUCUUCAUGGUCCCCGCAACCCUAAGGCCGGAGACCAUGUACGGCCAGACCUGCUGUUUCGUUGGCCCCAAGAUCACCUACGGCAUCUUCAAGGCGUCGGAGAACCAAUAUUACCUGGUCACGGACCGCGCCGCACGCAACAUGGCAUACCAGGGCAUCUUUGCUGAAGAAGGCAAGAUUGAGAAGGUGGCAGAGAUCCAAGGCUCCGACCUUGUCGGGUCUCUCGUAAAUGCGCCCUUGUCCCUCCACAAGGAGGGUGUCCGCGUUCUCCCCAUGGAUACAGUUCUCCCCACCAAGGGUACAGGAGUCGUGACCUCGGUCCCCUCCGACAGCCCCGAUGACUUCGCUACCGUGACCGACCUCGCCAAGAAGGCCGACUACUACGGUAUCAAGAAGGAGUGGGCCGAGCUCGAAAUAUUCCCCAUUAUCGACACGCCCACCUACGGAGACCUUUGCGCUCCUACCUUGGUGAAGCAACUCAAGAUUGCCUCUCCCAAGGACACCAAGCAGUUGGAGGAGGCCAAGGAACUCGCCUACAAGGAGGGUUUCUACCAGGGUACCCUGAAGGUUGGCAAGUACAGUGGAGAAAAGGUCGAGACGGCCAAGCCGAAGGUCCGAAAGGAGCUCAUCGAUGCUGGCGAAGCGUUCGCCUACUCGGAGCCUGAACGCAAGGUUGUCAGCAGAUCAGGAGACGACUGCAUUGUUGCCUUGAUGGACCAGUGGUACCUCGACUAUGGUGAGGAUUCAUGGAAGAAGACCGCCCUCGAAUGGGUGGGCAACGCGGACGGCAAGGGUUUGAACACAUACUUCAGCGAGACCAGGAACCAGUUCGAAGGAGUCCUCAACUGGCUGAACCAGUGGGCUUGCGCAAGAACCUACGGUCUCGGAUCCAAGCUCCCCUGGGAUCCCCAGUUCUUGGUGGAGAGUUUGAGUGACAGUACAGUCUACAUGGCCUACUAUACCGUUGCCCAUAUCCUCCACAAAGACAUCUUCGGGCGCGAGAAGGGCACCGGAAACGUUGGCGCCGAGCAGAUGACUGAUGAGGUCUGGGACUACAUCUUCUGCAGAAGAGAUAUCGGUGAUGAUGUCCUCUCUGGUUCAAAGAUCUCCAAGGAGACCCUCGAGGGCAUGCGCCGCGAAUUCGAGUACUUCUACCCUCUGGAUGUCCGUGUGUCUGGAAAGGAUCUCAUCCCUAACCAUCUGACGUUCUUCCUCUAUAUCCACUUGGCACUUUUCCCUCCGGAGUACUGGCCAAGGGGUGUCAGAGCCAACGGCCACUUGACACUCAACGGAGAGAAGAUGAGCAAGUCAACUGGCAACUUCAUGACCCUCAAUGACAUGCUUCAGAAGUACGGUGCCGAUGCUACACGUAUCGCCCUUGCUGAUGCAGGUGACGGUAUCACGGAUGCCAACUUUGAGGAAGACGUUGCAGAUAACAACGUCUUGCGCCUGUUCAACCUUCGCGAAUGGUGCGAAGAAGUUGUCAAGGAUCAGGAUGAGCUGCGCACUGGCGAGCUCAACUCCUUCCAGGAUGCUUUGUUCAAUAACGAGAUGAACGCCCUUGUUGCUGAGGCGCACAAACACUACGAGGCUACCGACUACAAGCUGGCGCUCAAGGCCGGUCUGUACGAUUUCACAAACGCCCGUGACUUCUACCGUGAAGCUUGCAACUCUGCUGGCAUCAAGCUGCACAAGGAUAUUACCCUCCGUUACAUCGAGUUGCAAGCCCUCCUUCUUACCGUCAUUGCACCCCAUUGGUCCGAGUACAUCUGGCUCGAGGUCCUCAAGAAGCCCGAGACGAUCCAGAAUGCUCUCUUCCCCACUGCGCCCGCCGUAGAUGCCACCCUCUCUGCAGCACGUGAAUACGUGCGCAACACGGCAUCGAAUAUCAACUCAGCCGAGGCAGCACAGGCCAAGAAGAAGGCCAAGGGCAAGGAGAUUUCCUUCGACCUCAAGAAGCCCAAGAAGCUCACCAUCUUCAUGACCGACCGGUUCCCCGCGUGGCAGGAGAAGUACAUCGACCUGCUGCGCGAGGAGUGGAGCCCCACCACCAAGACCUUCAGCAACGAGAAGGAGCUCAACGGCCGGAUCGGCAAGAUGGGCGAGAUGAAGAAGGCCAUGCCUUUCGUGCAGGCCAUCAAGCGCCGCCUCCAGUCGGGCGAGCCCGCCGACAAGGUCCUGGAGCGCAAGCUGGCCUUUGACGAGCUCGCCAUCCUGCGCCAGAUGAUCCCCGGCCUCAAAAAGACGGCCGGCCUCAAGGCCAUCGACCUCGUCAAGGUUGAGGAGGGCGGCAAGAAGGGCAAGGUCGUCGGCGGCGACGCAGAGGGCCUUGACAAGCCCGAGCUGCCCCCCAUGGCCGAGAACGCCGUCCCCGGGUCGCCGUCCUUCGCGCUGGAAAAUGUGGAGUAG